ACUCUCCCAUUCUCUCUGUCCACGUGGCCCACGUUCUCUCUCCUCUCUCUCUCUCUCUCUCUAGUUUCAGAGAAGCUCUGCGGUAGCCAUCGGAGAGGUUGCCGCCGAUCAAGCUUUCGUUUAUGCUCCUUUUUCGCUCUCUCUUUGGCCAUUUUUCACUCUCUCUCUCUCUCUCUCUCUUCACUGAUCCUGGUUUUGUGCCUAAAUUUUCGAAUCCCCCUUUGGUUUUUUCCGAUUGAAUUUGGACCGAGCAAUCCGUACUCUUCCCUUUCCAUUCGCUUCACCACUCUCUCUCUCUCUCUAUCUCUAUCUUGUUCAUAUCGUGAACUCUCUCUCUCUCCUAUCCUUCUAUUUCCUUCUCUCUGUUUUGGGGCACUGGCAUUCCGGGAUUUUUGGAUUUUGGAAUCCUUUUUGUUCUGUUUGUGGGUUGUUUUUUAAUGCUUGGCUCGUGGAGUUGAACUCUGUAACUGGCUCGAAUUUUGUUUUUGUUUUUGUUUUUGUUUUUUGUUUUUUGAUCUGGAUUUGUGCCGUCAUGAGUGCUGGAAGUGGGAAUCGCUUAAUCUCCAUUCAACCGGAUGAGCUCAAGUUUCAGAUUGAGUUGGAAAAGCAGAGUUUUUGUGAUCUUAAAGUUGCAAACAACACAGAACAUCAUGUUGCUUUUAAGGUCAAGACGACCUCACCGAAGAAGUACUUUGUGCGUCCCAACACUGGUGUCGUACAGCCUUGGGAUUCUUGCAUCAUAAGAGUGACUCUCCAAGCUCAGCGAGAGUAUCCUGCAGAUAUGCAAUGCAGAGAUAAGUUCCUCUUACAAAGUACAAUAGUUCCACCAAAUACUGAUGUAGAUGAGCUUCCUGCUGAUGCUUUCAACAAGGACAGUGGAAGGGCGAUCGAGGAAUGCAAGCUCAAGGUUAUCUAUAUUUCUUCAACAUCAUCUCUGGGGAAUUCAGAAGAUGAAAAGAACUCAUCUCAAAGCUCCACUGCUUUACAACGUCUGAAGGAAGAUAGAGACAUUGCUAUAAGGCAAACCCAUCAAUUACAACAGGAACUGGACAUGAUGAAGAGAAGAAAAUAUCGAAAAGGCGAUCCUGGGUUCUCGUUUACUUUCGCAAUCUUCGUGGGCAUCGUCGGGAUCAUUGCAGGGUUCCUCUUGAAUUUGACAUUAUCUUCACCAUCAACAGAAUGACUUGGACCAUGUUUCAGAUCCUGAGCAGACAGACAACUUUUCUUGUCAAUUUCAUUGUAUAAUUUCUACUUCCCAAUUUUUGUACAUUAAGAAACGCUGCAAAUUUGUGGUCUUGAUAUGUUAAUUUUCCAAAUUGUUGAUGAUUUUUUGUGCCAAUGAACUGUGAAUGUUGCUGGCGAUCUCUUCUGAGUCCUUCAAAACUGAAGCUCAGAAGCUAAGUUUUAGCUCAUCUUUUAUAUAUAACUCAAUUCUGUGA